AGCAUGUGCACGGUGGGAUACGGAGACGUGAACCCGGCUACCAUCCUCGGCAAGACGUUUGGCAUGAUCGUGGUGGUGGUGGGCGUGCUGGUGAUCGCGCUGCCGGUGACGGUCAUCGGGAGCAACUUCUCCGUGGGGUUCAACAAGGAGGAGGCGGAUCGCGAGAUGGCGGAGAAGAAACUUCUGGUGGACGAGCGGAGACGUUUGGCGGAGGAGGCGGCGUUGAUGAGGGAGAGCGUCAGCGGGAGCGAAACCUCAUCGCCGAACUUUUCGCGGUUGCAGUCCCUCAACGACGACGGGGACUCGCCCGCUGUCCCGAAUCGCGCGUAGGCGAUUGGGGCGGCCUGACCGGCGCGCGCGGUAUCACGGCUCGUCGGUUGUAAUGUAAGAGUUAAUAAUUGACACG